AUGUCUGAUAUUGUUGACCUUCUUGAUGAAUGUUCGCUAAAAAGCCAAAACCUGGAAGGCAGCCCUCCCCCGGAAGCAACGUCCGUCUCCCCAAUCAAGGAAGGGUUGCCUGAGGCGCUCAAGAAAGGCAAAUUUCCCCCAACUUCGAAGAAGCUCUACUUCCCUAUCAUCUCAAGUGGAGGUGGGCUCAAUUGCUUGCCAUUUGCAAACGCUGGGAUAUCUAUGGCAUCCUUUUUUAGGACUCUCCCCCGUGACGCGCUCCGUGUCCCAGCCGAUCAGGUCGUUCGGACCGAUCAUAAGAACUUGGUCAAUGUACAGGAGCUCUACCUCGCGCCAGAUGCUUUAACCUUGACGUACGACUGCUGGGGCAUUUCACUACUUGAGAUUAGUGAGCGGCGCAAUAUAUUUGCCCGGGAUGAGAUUGCUGUGGCAACAAUUUGCAGAGAAACGUUGAGAGGUCUGAGUUAUAUACACCGUGUCAUUGGAAUAGCUCAUGCCAAUAUCUCAUGCGGAACGGUUAUCCUAACCGCUAACGGGGUCGUGAAAAUAACGGAUGUUGGAGAAAGCAUGCUAGAACCAUGUGACGACGAUGACAAAUAUCUGGACUGCCAGGCUGUCUGCCAGAUAGCUAAAGUGCUUCUAGAGCUUGAUUCCACACCAAAGCCAUUGACUAAUCUCCGUCGAGAGGCAAUCGAAUUUGCGGAUAUUCCAUUAGGUGCCACUGUGGAUGAGUUACUCCGGCACCCAUUCCUCCGGCGAGCCGUUGAACAAUGCUCUCUACAGCCCUUUCCAAUUCUUCUGAGAAUUCUACAUACAGCUGCGUGA